AUGCUUGCCCUGACGACGACGAGGCUAGUAGUGCUUGUGCUAGAAGUUGUAGAAGUGGUACUGUCGGUUGUUGAUGUUGUGCUAUCAGUAGUUGAAGUCGUGCUGUCGGUUGUUGAUGUUGUGCUGUCAGUAGUUGAAGUUGUGCUGUCGGUUGUUGAUGUUGUACUGUCAGUUGUUGAUGUUGUGCUGUCAGUAGUUGAAGUUGUGCUAUCGGUUGUUGAUGUUGUACUGUCAGUAGUUGAAGUUGUGCUGUCGGUUGUUGAUGUUGUACUGUCAGUUGUUGAUGUUGUACUGUCAGUUGUUGAUGUUGUGCUGUCAGUAGUUGAAGUUGUGCUGUCGGUUGUUGAUGUUGUACUGUCAGUUGUUGAUGUUGUGCUGUCAGUAGUUGAAGUUGAGCUAUCGGUUGUUGAUGUUGUACUGUCAGUAGUUGAAGUUGUACUAUCGGUUGUUGAUGUUGUGCUAUCAGUAGUAGAAGUCGUACUAUCAGUUGUAGAGGUUGUACUGUCCGUGGUCGAAGUUGUGCUAUCGGUUGUAGAAGUUGUACUGUCAGAAGUGGACGUUGUACUGUCAGUAGUUGAAGUUGUACUAUCGGUUGUAGACGUUGUACUAUCAGUUGUUGAAGUUGUGCUGCUAGUAGAAGAGCUUGUACUGUCAGUCGUAGAUGUUGUACUACCGGUUGUUGAACUAGUACUGUCAGUAGUUGAUGUUGUACUACCAGUUGUCGAAGUAGUACUAUCAGUUGUUGAGGUCGUACUAUCAGUUGUUGAAGUCGUACUACCAGUUGCAGAAGUCGUACUACCGGUUGUUGAAGUAGUACUGUCAGUAGUUGAUGUAGAGCUACCAGUUGUUGAAGUAGUACUGUCAGUUGUUGAGGUCGUACUAUCAGUUGUUGAAGUCGUACUACCAGUUGUAGAAGUCGUACUACCAGUUGUUGAAGUAGUACUGUCAGUUGUUGAUGUCGUACUAUCAGUUGUUGAAGUCGUACUACCAGUUGUAGAAGUCGUACUACCAGUUGUUGAAGUAGUACUGUCAGUAGUUGAUGUAGUGCUACCAGUGGUUGAAGUAGUACUGUCUGUCGAAGAUGUACUACUAGUUGUAGAAGUUGUACUGCCUGUUGUUGAAGUUGUACUAUCGGUUGUAGACGUUGUACUAUCAGUUGUUGAAGUUGUACUAUCGGUUGUAGACGUUGUACUAUCAGUUGUUGAAGUUGUACUGUCGGUCGUAGAUGUUGUACUACCAGUUGUUGAACUAGUACUGUCAGUAGUUGAUGUAGUGCUACCAGUUGUCGAAGUAGUACUGUCAGUUGUUGAGGUCGUACUAUCAGUUGUUGAGGUCGUACUACCAGUUGUUGAAGUAGUACUGUCAGUCGAAGAUGUACUACUAGUUGUAGAAGUUGUACUGUCUGUUGUUGAAGUUGUACUAUCGGUUGUGGACGUUGUACUAUCAGUUGUUGAAGUUGUACUAUCGGUCGUAGAUGUUGUACUACCAGUUGUUGAACUAGUACUGUCAGUAGUUGAUGUUGUAUUACCAGUUGUCGAAGUAGUACUAUCAGUUGUUGAGGUCGUACUAUCAUUUGUUGAAGUUGUACUACCAGCUGUAGAAGUCGUACUACUACUGGUUGUUGAAGUAGUACUGUCAGUUGUUGAUGUAGUGCUACCAGUUGUCGAAGUAGUACUGUCAGUUGUUGAGGUCGUACUAUCAGUUGUUGAAGUCGUACUACCAGUUGUAGAAGUAGUACUACCGGUUGUUGAAGUAGUACUGUCAGUAGUUGAUGUUGUACUACCAGUUGUCGAAGUAGUACUAUCAGUUGUUGAGGUCGUACUAGCAGUUGUUGAAGUCGUACUACCAGUUGCAGAAGUCGUACUACCGGUUGUUGAAGUAGUACUGUCAGUAGUUGAUGUAGAGCUACCAGUUGUUGAAGUAGUACUGUCAGUUGUUGAGGUCGUACUAUCAGUUGUUGAAGUCGUACUACCGGUUGUUGAAGUUGUACUGUCUGUUGAAGUCGUACUACCGGUCGUAGAAGUAGUACUACCAGUUGUUGAAGUUGUACUGUCUGUUGAAGUCGUACUACCGGUCGUAGAAGUAGUACUAUCAGUUGUUGAAGUCGUACUACCGGUUGUUGAAGUUGUACUGUCUGUUGAAGUCGUACUACCGGUCGUAGAAGUAGUACUACCAGUUGUUGAAGUUGUACUGUCUGUUGAAGUCGUACUACCGGUCGUAGAAGUAGUACUACCAGUUGUUGAAGUCGUACUACCGGUUGUGGAAGUAGUACUGCCAGUUGUUGAAGUCGUACUGUCAGUUGUAGAGGUCGUACUAUCAGUCGUAGAAGCUGUACUACCAGUUGUCGAAGUCGUACUACCGGUUGUUGAAGUAGUACUACCCGUUGUUGAAGUUGUGCUGCCAGUAGUAGAGGUAGUACUACUGGUUGUUGAAGUUGUGCUGCCAGUAGUAGAGGUCGUACUACCAGUGGUUGAAGUUGUACUCGCAGUUGUGGAGGCUGUGCUGCCAGUAGUUGAAGUAGUACUGUCAGUUGUUGAGGUCGUACUACCAGUGGCCGAAGUCGUGCUACCAGUUGUAGAAGUUGUACUUCCUGUUGUUGAAGUUUUACUGUCAGCUGUCGAAGUUGUACUUCCUGUUGUCGAUGUGGUACUUUCUGUAGUUGUAGAAGUUGGAGUUGUCGUGGAUGUGGUUGUGGUAGUAGUGGAAGUUGGGGUUGUUGUGGAUGUACUCGUACUAGUGGUAGAAGUUGGAGAUUUCGUAGAUAUACUUGUACUAGAAGUAGAGCUUGAAUCGCUAGGAGUAGUAGUAGUUGAACUGCCAGUACUGGUUGUUGAGCUGCCAGUGGUAGUAGUUGAACUGCCAGUGGUAGUGGUUGAACUACCAGUAUUUGUCGUUGAACUGCCAGUAAUGGUUGUUGAACUGCCAGUGGUAGUAGUUGAACUGCCAGUAGUAGUGGUAGAACCAUUAGAUAUAGUCGUUGCAUUGCCAGAUGUUGUGGUACUGCUAGUUGUACUAGUAGAAGUGGGCGUUCUUGUCGUUCUUCUGAAACGCGUUGUACGUCUUGUGCGUCGGCGACAUUUAGCUCCAGGUGUCAUAGAACAGCGUCCAUUGUUGCAGUAA